GAGGUGCUGGGCACAGGCCGUGAAGGGCAAACCCCCCUCUCCCACGGAGCUGCUGCCACCUGCGCCAAGGCUGUGUCCCCUACAGGCCCCUUGACCUAUCCCGGCCAUGCACCCCACCGAGCCCUGGAGCCCCAGCCCAUGGGCAGGGUCCGAGGACUACUCCGGAUCGGGCGCCCUGGAGGAGCUGGAGGAGCUGAAGCUGUGCCCGUCCUGGGACCUGCCCUACAGCUACGCCUACAUCCCCGUGCUCUACCUGGUGGCCUUCGCCGUGGGCCUGCUGGGCAACGCCUUCGUGGUGUGGCUGCUGGCCGGGCGGCGGGGCCCGCGGCGGCUCGUGGACACCUUCGUGCUGCACCUGGCCGCCGCCGACCUGGGCUUUGUGCUCACGCUGCCGCUGUGGGCUGUGGCGGCGGCGCUGGGCGGCCGCUGGCCCUUCGGUGAGAGCCUCUGCAAGCUCAGCAGCUUCGCGCUGGCCGGCACGCGCUGCGCAGGCGCGCUGCUGCUGGCGGGCAUGAGCGUGGACCGCUACCUGGCCGUGGUGAAGCUGCUCGACGCGCGCCCGCUGCGCACCCCGCGCUGCGCUCUGGCCACCUGCUGCGCUGUCUGGGCCGUGGCGCUCCUGGCCGGCCUGCCGGCCCUGGCCUACCGCGGGCUGCAGCCACUCCCCGGGGGCCAGGGCAGCCAGUGCGGGGAGGAGGCCUCUGAUGCCUUCCAGGGCCUCAGCCUGCUGCUGCUGCUGCUCACCUUCAUGCUGCCCCUGGGUGUCACCCUUUUCUGCUACUGCCGCAUCUCACGCCGCCUGCGCAGGCCGCCGCACCUGGGCCGGGCCCGGAGGAAUUCGCUACGCAUCAUCUUCGCCAUUGAGAGCACGUUCGUGGGCUCCUGGCUGCCCUUCAGCGCCCUGCGGGCCAUCUUUUACCUGGCGCGCCUGGGGGCGCUGCCGCUGCCCUGCUCCCUGGUGCUGGCGCUGCGCUGGGGCCUCACCAUCGCCACCUGCCUGGCCUUCGUCAACAGCUGCGCCAACCCGGUCAUCUACCUCCUCCUGGACCGCUCGUUCCGCGCCCGGGCGCGUCGCGGGGCCUGCGGGACCAUCGGCCGCCUGGCGCGCAGGGUCAGCUCGGCCUCUUCGCUCUCCGGGGACGACAGCUCCUUGUUUCGGAGCGGGGCCUGCAGCUGGGGCUCGUUCCAGCCGGUGCAGUCAGUCUCGGGCCCCCUAUAGCUGCCCCAGGCCCGUGGCGGGGGGCGGAAGGAGGGAGGAAAAGGGGAAGAGAGCCACAGGGAGGCGGGCUGGGCUCCGCAGACAUGCCUGUUCUUGUGGCAGCAGAAAGCCCCAGCCCGCGCUGUCCCACCAGGACCUACUCCAUCAGUUUUUCCAGAACCUCGGAGCUAUUUGAACUCCUCCAAGCCGGGAUGCUGAGACCAGCUGUUCUCCCCGCCUGAAGGGCAUCUCAGCUAAUUUUCUCCAGUCCAAGAAAAGUUCCUUUGAGAUGAAGCAGACAGCAACCUGGAGACCCACAGAUUCACCAAGUAGAGGAAAGAAAACCGGUCUCAUUUCCUGCCCCAAGGAGAAUAGCACUGGCCCAGAAAAAACCGAGAUGCCCAGAGGCCACUCCUGUCUCCAGCUAUGCUUUCUCUGGACCCCUACAAUAGCCUUUGCCUUCCGAGAACCACCUUCUCCACUUUAGGCCCCCUCGCUCUCCAAAAAAUUUCUAUGCAACAUGGGAAUCAACAGCCCCUUUUUUUUUUUUUUUUGCUCAUUCGCCGUUUAGCUGCUUUUGCUAUAUUAUUAAGUCACCAUCAAUUCAGACUUUUAUUUUCAAAGGUCACCAAAGCCACUGGGACCAGCUUAAGUGUGAGCUCCCCAGCUUAUUUCUCCAAACGGAUUCCCCUGCAGUGAUAGGCCUGCCCUGGGUUUGUAUCUGGUGACCUUUCUCCCUACUGUGGCUGCAUCCCGGAAGCCAAAGAACUCACCGUGGAAGUUGUCCGGCCCUUCCUUCUGGACAAAAAAAAAAAAAAAGAGGGCUCCAAAAUCUCUCCCCAGGUGCUCAGAUUCUCUAUCGCUCAGCCGGGGAUCCCAGAAUCUUCUCUGUGAGUUCACCCUCCUCAAUAAACACUUUUGCUUGGCUAGCCUAGCCCGACUGGUGUGUCUUUACUUGAGCAGUUAGAGUGAAAUGAAUGUGGGCGAUGGAUCACACACUGGGUCAGACAAAACUCAAACCUGUAGUUGAGGUUGACCUCAGGAUGAUCAGGAUUUGGUGUUCGCCGGCGGGCCUGAGGGUUAGCUACACCAGUGUAGGCGUCAUAACCCCUGAGGAGGGCAGCACAUAAUUUAUUCUUAUUAUUUUAAAGGAAAUUUCGUAUUUUGAAGGUAAUAGAGGAAAAAAAUUUGAAUGUGUCUGCCAACCAGGUAUCACUUCAAAGAGAGAUAAGCCACUAUGAUUUUCAAAUAUAUAUUGGGCCAUUUUUCCUACUUUUUUUUGAGAUCUUCCUGUACCAAAACCAAAACCAAACCAAACCCACUGCCGUCGAGUCAAUUCCGACUCGUAGUAACCCUAUUGGACAGAGUAGAACUGCCCCACAGAGUUUCCAAGGAGCACCUGGUGGAUUCGAGCUGCCGACCUUUUGGUUAGAAGCCAUAGCACUUAACUGCUAUGCCACCAGGGUUUCCUCUUCCUGUACAAAUGUUUGGAAUUAUUCAUAUUCUAAUUCUGACUCUCUGCCUAAUCCUUUGAGGGAUUGGAAAGGCAAUGUUUAUACUUUUGUUUUAAGAGGAUUUGGCCUAAGGAAAUUUCAGUCAGUGCAGGGAAAGGAACUCAAUAAUUCUCUUGCCCAUGGAAAUCUCUCCCAGCCAGUUCACCUCGAGGCCAGGUAUGAAUUUGCAGGUUCUGGGGGCAGUGUCCACUCAGAUCAGUACUCCAGCUGGAGUCAGCUCUAGAUUGGGUCUUCUGAUCACUUAGGUUGUGUGUCAACUUGGCUGGGCCAUGAUUCUCAGGGGUUUGGCAGUUAUGAAGUAGCUUGGCAGUCGUAUGAUGUGAUCACCUCCAUGAUGAGAUCUGAUAUAAUGUGAUCACCUUCAUGAUAGGAUCUGCUGUGAGUAGCCAGUCAGUUGAAUGGGAGUUUCCUUAGGGAUCUGGCCUGCAUCCAAUAUACGUGGACUUUCUAGCAGGACUCAUGGGCUUUUACUUGCUCUGGAUCCUGAAGGUGGCUUGUCUGACCUCUGGUUCUUGGGACUUGAGCUAGUAGCUUACCUGUCAUCUUGCCUGCGGAUGUUGGGAUUCAUCGGUCUCCAAAGCCUGUGAGCUUCAGCCCUGUUCUUUGACAUGCUGAUCUUGGGUU